GGGUCUCCAUGGGGCCGGACGCCGAGUGGAUGGUCCGGCUGCCGCGCUCCGCGCUCGCCCUCGUUGUCCUCCUCCUGGCCGUCUCGCUCUGGGGCCAGGAGGAGGCUCCGUCCACCGACUGGAGGGCCACGCUGAAGACCAUCCGGAACGGCGUGCACAAGAUAGACACGUACCUGAACGCCGCCUUGGACCUGCUGGGCGGCGAGGACGGCCUCUGCCAGUACAAGUGCAGUGACGGCCCAGCAGUUGACUCCAUGCAGACACCUGAGGAGGGUGAGCUUGCUGCGCCGGCUGCCAGCUUCUCUGCCAUGGAAGGACCUCGCUGCUUUAAAGACUGUGCAGGAGGAGAACAAAACAUGACAGAAACAGAUGCCUUUUAUAGAAGCGAAAUGUUUGAUCCGGCAGAGAAGUACAGAAUGGACCACAGGAAGAGAGGAAUUGCUUUAAUCUUCAAUCAUGAGCGAUUCUUCUGGAAGUUAACACUGCCAGAGAGGCGUGGCACCACUGCAGAUCGAGAAAAUCUGCGACGCAGGCUUUCAGAUCUAGGAUUUGAAGUGAAAUGCUUUGACAAUCUUAAGGCAGAAGAACUUUACCUCCAAAUUCACACAGCGUCGACCUCCAGCCACGCGGACGCCGACUGCUUCCUGUGUGUCUUCCUGAGUCACGGCGAAGGCAAUCACAUCUACGCCUACGACACCAAGCUGGAGAUCCAGGCCAUGAUCGACUUGUUCAAAGGAGACAAGUGUCAGAGUCUGGUUGGAAAACCCAAGAUAUUUAUCAUCCAGGCAUGUCGAGGAAACCAGCAUGAUGUGCCAGUCAGCCCGCUAGAUGAAGUGGAUCAUCAGAAAGUCAAGCCGGACACCAACGUGACCGAGGUGGAUGCGGCGUCCGUGUACACGCUGCCUGCUGGCGCCGACUUCCUCAUGUGCUAUUCGGUGGCCGAAGGUUAUUACUCCCACCGGGAAACUGUGAACGGCUCGUGGUACAUUCAGGACCUGUGUGAGAUGCUGGGGAAGUACGGCUCCUCCCUGGAGUUCACAGAGCUCCUCACGCUUGUCAACAGGAAGGUUUCUCAACGCCAAGUGGACUUUUGCAAAGACCCCAACUCCAUUGGAAAGAAGCAGGUUCCCUGCUUUGCCUCUAUGCUUACUAAAAAGCUGCAUUUCCUCCCCAAGUCCGGAUGAUGGGAGCUCUGUCCUCGUAGGCCACUACACAUGUUCUUCCCUUCUGUUUACAUAGAGCCAUUUCUAGAGUGAAGCUUGGAGACCAGCAGUUUUCAAGGUGCUAAAGGAUUAAUGUCUAGCACAGAACCUUUUUUACUUUAAGUAAUUCCUAUUGGGCAUAAAGAAAGGGUUGGGUAUGUGUGGGAAAAAAGUCCUCAGGGAUUUAGUAUAUAAAUUAAAAUCCAUAAACAUUUGUAGCAUUUGAUCAUUUUAAUAACUGCAAGAUUACCCACAAUAGCUGGCUGAGUUUUACUUGAAUUAUAGGAAAUUUUUAUAAAUCUUUAUUUUUCACGUUUUUAAAGGUUUUAGACUCAAGAAUUAGGUCCUUGUUUCCUCUUUAUAAGAAAUUGAGCAUUCCAUGUUUCAUUAAAUUGUUCUAAUUCA